GAGAGAUCGAUGCUUUUGAGUCGAGGCGAGGAACAGGAAGCAUUUCGGCAUCUUUGUGCCUACCAAACAACGAGUCAUCAUCUUCGACUUGUGCUUUGCAUAGGGCGGAGAAGUACGACCAUUCAUCCUAGAAGAGUCAGUUCAAAUGCCAGAAUUUUAUCUUGCGUCUGCCGACCACUCAUUGAAACACGAAUGAGAUGACUUCUCGAUCCUCGGGUUCUGAAGCAGCAGCACGGCUCGUUGAGGUCGAAGGGCAGUCUGCGCGGGGCCUGGCUUACACCAUUAUACGGCGCAGUGAUUUUCUCGGCUGUUCUCCCGCGGCACUAGACCAGCGCCGCGUCCUGUACUUGCACGGCUGGACGCAAUCCCAGAGCUGCUGGCGGACCACCGCGCGUCGAGUUUGCAGUCUGCACGGGUUACCGGGCCUCCUCAUCGAUUUCCCCGGGCAUGGCAAGAGCCGACCGUUCGAGGCCGAAGGAGACUUUGCGCCCACGGCCAAGAACUGGCUUAGGCCCGUCUUUGCGCUUCUGGAUGAACUGGGAUGGUAUAGACAACGGCACCUUUCUCGCACAAGCGGAACUGGGUCGACCACGUGUGAAAGACGAAAGAAUAUUAGCGUUGUCGGGAAAAUAAACAAGGGUGCAGCUCCUCCGAAACUCACUAUUGCUGGAUGCAGUAUGGGUGCCCGGGUAGCGAUGGAAAUGUAUUACCAAGAGUUUCUCGCAGCGUCUGCAUCUGCCUCAGCGGUAGAAGAUCCAGAGCGGUUCGACACUGCGUCCCUCACUAUCGACCGUCUUGUUAUCCUGGCGACACCCGGGUAUCCAGAACCGAUCUCGACUAGUCACGGCGAACAGCAAACAAGGUUCUUGGCUAGCCUGCCCCAUCACCUGGUUUACCGCCCCCUGCACAAGCUUACCGAGAUGUCCUACCGCAGCUUUAAGCGUCGGAAAUCCGUAGACGGAAUUAUAGGCGGCAGUUCCGAUUCUCCUACAUCAUGCCCGGCACGGCCGUUGAGUCGUGCUGCGGAGAGCAGUAGUAGGUCGAGCACGGAGAUCAAGAGUUCUCCAAGUACCAUAAAACGACGUGCGUCCGAGCAGGUAACGAAUUUGUUGGGGCAUCUCUCGAUGCCACGGCAGUUCCCCACGUACGGGCUGGAAGAGAGGAGCCCGAGUUCCCGCCGAAUGCUCGUCCACGAAAUCAUCGACAGUUUGAAGACCUGCCAGCACGUUGCGCUGAUUCACGGGAAUUGGGACCUUCCGCACCGCCAGCGAUUCGACGUCUGGGCGGGCGGGCGGCCACUUGACUUCCACCGGAAGGUUGGACUUCUUCGAACGCGGGAGAUGAUGACCAGACGCUCGUCUGUUGUAUCGGACCAGGAUGAAAAGCGCGUCUCUGCAGUGGAGUACGAGUGGCGAACGCACGAAGCCACUUGCGCUUUCAUCGCGACUAUGCGCCUAGAGCAGUACAGUUGGUUUUGGACAUCUCGACAGGAGAGUUUGGCUAGUACAACCUCGUCCAAGCUCUGACGGAUGUACCGUGGUAGUGCCUCCCGCGCAUGAGAACUGCCUCCAUCCCCUGUGUAAUCAAAGACCGGAUUUAGGUUUUGCUGACGAGGCACAGUGGCGCCCAUUCAAAUUCAUAUUCGAUGAAAAAGCAGCUGCAUUUUGUGUCGCAUCAGACACAUAAUUUUGCAAACAUUCCCUCAAACCUAGACGCGUACUAAGAUCGUGCUGUCUAUUUUCCAAGAACACAUUCGUACAUAUCAUGACACGACAUUCUUGUAACAAGAAAAACUACCAAAAAAGGUUGUGCUGCGAACUACGUUUUUCGUUCCUCAGUGCUGCUCGCGAAGCAUUGUUCGUCCAACACUUGCAUCGUGCAUCUGCCUUUUUUACGCGCUCAACAAAGCGUAAUUUAGGCUGAUCCGUACUCGUACAAUACAACACCUAGAUGCAAAUCACAAAUUAUGUGCAUGUACUGCACCCUUCUGAAGAAAAUGAACGCCGCUGAAAAAAGGAAUGAUUUUGACAGACGAGGAAGAUCCGUUUUUCAUUGAAAAAUCGUUUUCGUACUGAUAGAUCUUGCCUCACGACCGUGCACCGCACAGUAAAAAAAACCGUCCGAUCUGCCUCGACGUGCAUUUUUGCCGGGUCGAUCUAGAUGCAAAUUUUUUUUUGUUUUUCGCGAAAACUAACGCCUCUUGCCCCCUCAAAUCCUUCCAGCAACCUACAGAGUUCUAGAAACG